AUGACCUGCAUGAAAGGCCCGCUGCACUUGGAGCACCGAGCAGCAGGGACCAAGCUCUUGGCCACCUCCGCGUCCUCCUCCUGUCACCAUCCUCAGCCGCUGGCCAUGGCUUCGGUCCUGGCUCCCGGUCAGGCCCGCGCCCUGGACUCUUCCAAGCACCGGCUGGAGGUGCACACCAUCUCUGACACCCCCAGCCCCGAGGCCGCAGAGAAAGAUAAGAGCCAGCAGGGAAAGAAUGAGGACGUGGGAGCCGAAGACCCGUCCAAGAAGAAGAGGCAAAGGCGGCAGCGGACUCACUUCACCAGCCAGCAGCUGCAGGAACUGGAGGCCACUUUCCAGAGGAACCGCUACCCGGACAUGUCCACGCGCGAAGAAAUCGCAGUGUGGACCAACCUAACGGAAGCGCGAGUCCGGGUUUGGUUCAAAAAUCGCCGGGCCAAAUGGAGAAAGCGGGAGCGCAACCAGCAGGCCGAGCUGUGCAAAAAUGGCUUUGGGCCGCAGUUCAACGGGCUUAUGCAGCCCUACGACGACAUGUACCCGGGAUAUUCGUACAAUAACUGGGCCGCAAAGGGCCUCACUUCGGCCUCCCUGUCCACCAAGAGCUUCCCUUUCUUCAACUCUAUGAACGUCAACCCCCUGUCGUCGCAGAGCAUGUUCUCCCCGCCCAAUUCCAUCUCGUCCAUGAGCAUGUCGUCCAGUAUGGUACCCUCAGCGGUGACCGGCGUCCCGGGCUCCAGCCUCAACAGCCUGAAUAACUUGAACAACUUGAGCAGCCCUUCGCUGAAUUCCGCGGUACCGACGCCCGCCUGCCCUUACGCGCCGCCGACUCCUCCGUACGUUUAUAGGGACACGUGUAACUCGAGCCUGGCCAGCCUGAGACUGAAAGCAAAGCAGCACUCCAGCUUCGGCUACGCCAGCGUGCAGAACCCGGCAUCCAACCUGAGUGCUUGCCAGUACGCCGUGGACAGGCCCGUGUGA